UGACUUAGCUUGCAAUACAACUCUUCCACGUUUUUGAAGCUAAAUUAACGUUGACAAAUAAACCACAAACCCCAAAAACACAUAACAAAUGUGUACAACCAAAAACUACUUUGCGUUGGAUCCGAGAGAAGCCACCGUGUCGGAUCUCAUACACCUUCUCUUCUCCUCGGAUAUCGGGAACAGAGAGUUCAUUGAUUCUUCGGAACAGAGGGUUGAGGAUGAUCUUUCAAGAUUCAGGCGACGGUGGAUCAUCUUUGUAUCCAUCGUUGUUCAAAAACUCAUGAUUCUCCUAAAGAAACCUCUAUAUUUUUUGGGGUUUUCUUUUGCUUAUUGGCUCAACCUUCUUUCUUCUAAUGGUGGUUUCUUCAUGAUACUCCCAAAUCUUUCCAAAGGAAAGAUUAUUUGGCCGGAGAAAACAUCAGCGACAUUUGCAUCACUAAUCGGAAUCCUGGACCAGCGACUAGAGUUAGACCAGAAGGUAGAGAGAGGAAGUAAAAGAUACAAAGCAAUGUUGUCAAUUAUGGCUUCUAAGCUGUCUUACGAGAAUAUAAACUUCGUCAGCUCCGUUCUUCACAACCAUUGGAAGAUGGACUUAUUAGGCUUCUACAGCUGUUGGAAUGGUUACCAGAAACAAAGAUCAACAGAGGUGAUUGUUAUAAAAGACACAAGCACAGAUCCAAACCUCAUCAUCGUUAGUUUCAGAGGCACUGAUCCUUUCGAUGCAGAUGAUUGGUGUACAGACUUAGAUCUCUCCUGGUACGAAGUUAAAAAUGUGGGAAAGAUCCAUGGCGGAUUCAUGAAAGCUUUAGGCCUUCAAAAAGAAGGAUGGCCUAAAGAAGUAAAUCUUGACCAAACCCAAAAAGAAACAAGUUUAUAUGCAUACUACACUGUUAGGCGUCACUUAAAAGAAAUUCUCGACCAAAACCCGACAUCUAAAUUUAUAUUGACCGGACAUAGUCUAGGUGGAGCCCUAGCGAUCCUAGUCACGGCCGUGUUGGUGAUGCAUGAUGAGGAGAAAAUGCUAGAAAGGCUUGAAGGAGUUUACACAUUUGGGCAGCCACGUGUAGGUGAUGAGGAGUUUGGAACGUUCAUGAAAAAUUCGUUGAAGAAGUUUGACGUCAAGUAUGAAAGAUAUGUAUAUUGCAACGACAUGGUUCCUAGGUUGCCUUUCGAUGACAAGACACUCAUGUUCAAGCACUUUGGGCCAUGCCUUUACUAUGACAGUUUCUAUAAAGGAAAGGUAGAGGAAGAGGAGCCAAACAAAAACUACUUUAAUAUUUUAUGGGCUAUACCAAAGAUAAUGAAUGCAAUGUGGGAGUUGAUACGAAGUCUCAUCAUACCUUAUUGGAAAGGUGGAGAGUUCAGAGAAGGAUGGUUCUUGAGGUGUUUCAGGGUUGUUGCAUUGUUGAUUCCAGGAUUACCUGCUCACUUCCCUAAUGAAUACAUCAAUGUUACUCUUUUGGGGGACUUGCCUCUUCUUCACUUACCUGACUCGUAUCUUGACUAAAUUUUGAAGAAAUCAAUUUCAAUUUCUUUUUUGUUAUA